CCGCUCUACGCGGCAAUCCUGGACAUAUCAUAAUGCGCAGAUGGACUUAUACAUUUUUAUUUGAUGGAUAUUUGAUAAGAAAUUCCGUUGCCUUGGGUGUAGACUAAAUCGUUCCAGCACGUGCAGAACUGAAAGGAGAGGGAUAUAUGAUGCGUUACAGUUGCUGCGCCACACCGUCUUCAUGGUUAGCUACAUAUGGACAUACUGAAAUGAGAUGAACAUAAUUCGCAUUUCAGCGCAAAGCGCAAAGCCAGCCAAUACAACACUGCUGAAGGACUGACCACACACCGCAGCCAUGAACGGCACAGAGGGCCCAAAUUUCUACGUUCCAUUCCCCAACACCACUGGUGUUGUGAGGAGCCCAUUCGAAUAUCCACAGUACUACCUUGCUGAACCAUGGGCGUUCUCCGCUCUGGCUGCCUACAUGUUCUUCCUGAUCCUCACCGGCUUCCCCAUCAACUUCCUCACCCUCUACGUUACCAUCGAGCACAAGAAGCUGAGGACCCCCUUAAAUUACAUCCUGCUCAACCUGGCGGUGGCCGAUCUCUUCAUGGUCUUCGGAGGAUUCACCACUACGAUGUACACCUCGAUGAACGGCUACUUCGUCUUCGGUGAAACUGGCUGCAACAUCGAAGGAUACUUUGCUACCCUCGGUGGUGAAAUCGGGCUGUGGUCUCUGGUCGUCCUGGCUAUUGAGAGGUAUGUGGUCGUCUGCAAGCCAAUGAGCAACUUCCGAUUCGGCGAGAACCACGCUAUCAUGGGCGUCGCAUUUACCUGGAUAAUGGCAAACGCCUGUGCCGCGCCACCUCUCUUCGGCUGGUCCAGAUACAUCCCAGAGGGCAUGCAGUGCUCAUGCGGAAUCGACUAUUACACCCUGAAGCCUGAAGUCAAUAAUGAGUCUUUCGUCAUCUAUAUGUUCAUCGUUCACUUCACUAUUCCGCUUAUUGUCAUCUUCUUCUGCUACGGCCGCCUGGUCUGCACCGUCAAAGAGGCUGCUGCUCAGCAACAGGAGUCCGAGACCACACAGAGGGCUGAGAGGGAAGUCACCCGUAUGGUCAUCAUCAUGGUCUUAUCCUUCCUGGUAUGCUGGAUUCCCUAUGCCAGUGUAGCUUGGUACAUCUUCACCCACCAAGGCAGCCACUUCGGGCCCGUCUUCAUGACAGCUCCGGCUUUCUUCGCCAAGAGCUCAGCCCUCUACAACCCCCUGAUCUACGUCUGCUUGAACAAGCAGUUCCGCAACUGCAUGAUCACCACCCUGUGCUGCGGGAAGAACCCCUUCGAGGAAGAAGAGGGAGCAUCCACCACUGCGUCCAAGACCGAAGCCUCCUCGGUGUCCUCCAGCUCCGUGUCCCCUGCGUAAACGUGCUACCCCCACGGGGUCCGAGAAGAUCCACAGUUCACGAACGAGACUUCGGCUGCUGGCACCGACUGAGCGCUGUGUCUACAGA